CUCGCGCCAACCCGCGCCGGCUCCGCAGCUCGCGCCCGCCGGCCGGUCCGGCGCCGGGCCAUGGCGCUGCUGCGGGACGUGUCGCUGCAGGACCCGCGGGACCGCUUUGAGCUGCUGCAGCGCGUGGGGGCCGGGACCUAUGGCGACGUCUACAAGGCCCGCGACACGCUCACGUCCGAACUGGCCGCGGUGAAGAUCGUCAAGCUCGACCCAGGGGACGACAUCAGCUCUCUCCAGCAGGAAAUCACCAUCCUCCGGGAGUGCCGCCACCCCAAUGUUGUGGCCUACAUUGGCAGCUACCUCAGGAAUGAUCGAUUGUGGAUCUGCAUGGAGUUCUGUGGAGGGGGGUCCCUGCAGGAGAUUUACCACGCCACUGGGCCCCUGGAGGAACGGCAGAUUGCCUAUGUCUGCCGGGAGGCACUGAAGGGGCUCCACCACCUGCACUCUCAGGGGAAGAUCCACCGAGACAUCAAGGGUGCCAAUCUUCUGUUAACUCUACAGGGCGAUGUCAAACUGGCGGACUUUGGGGUGUCAGGCGAGCUGACGGCAUCUGUGGCCAAGAGGCGGUCUUUCAUUGGCACUCCAUACUGGAUGGCACCAGAGGUAGCUGCUGUGGAACGCAAGGGUGGAUACAAUGAACUGUGUGACGUCUGGGCCCUGGGCAUCACCGCCAUCGAGCUUGGCGAGCUGCAGCCGCCACUCUUCCACCUGCACCCCAUGAGGGCCUUGAUGCUUAUGUCUAAGAGCAGCUUUCAACCGCCCAAGCUGAGAGACAAGACACACUGGACCCAGAAUUUCCACCACUUCCUCAAGUUGGCCCUGACCAAGAACCCCAAGAAGAGACCCACAGCUGAAAAGUUGCUGCAGCACCCCUUCACAACCCAGCAGCUCCCUCGGGCCCUCCUCACCCAGCUCCUGGACAAGGCUAGCGACCCCCACCUGGGAACCCUCUCCCCUGAAGACUGUGAGCUGGAGACCUACGACAUGUUUCCAGAUACCAUUCACUCACGCAGUCAUCAUGGCCCAGCUGAGAGGACCCCCUCUGAGAUCCAGUUUCACCAAGUGAAAUUUGGCGCCCCACUUAGGAAGGAGACGGAUCCACUCAAUGAGCCGUGGGAGGAGGAAUGGACGCUGCUGGGAAAGGAGGAGCUGAGUGGGAGCUUGCUGCAGUCAGUCCAAGAGGCCCUGGAGGAAAGGAGCCUGACCAUUCGGCCAGCCUCAGAACUCCAGGAGCUGGACUCCCCAGACAGUGCCAUGGGAACCAUCAAGCGGGCCCCAUUUUUGGGGCUGCCCCCCACUGAGUCAACACCUGAGGCCAACCCUCAGUCCAGCCCCUCAGGAGCCCCGCCUGCACCUCCACCUGGCCCUGGCAGUCCCCCACUGCUGCCUACUGCUUGGGCCACCUUGAAGCACCGGGAAGGUCCUGAGAGGUCAUCCUGCCAUGGCCUUCCCCCAACCCCCAAGGUGCACAUGGGCGCUUGCUUCUCCAAGGUCUUCAACGGCUGCCCCCUGCGGAUUCACGCAGCUGUCACUUGGAUUCACCCUGUGACUCGAGACCAGUUCCUGGUGGUGGGGGCUGAGGAAGGUGUCUACACCCUCAACCUGCAUGAGCUACAUGAGGAUACGCUGGAAAAACUCGUCUCCCAGCGCUGUUCCUGGCUCUACUGUGUGAACAAUGUGCUGCUGUCGCUCUCAGGGAAAUCCACUCACAUUUGGGCGCAUGACCUCCCUGGCCUGUUUGAGCAGCGGAGACUACAGCACCAGGCACCCCUCUCCAUUCCCACUAACCGCCUCACCCAGCACAUCAUUCCCAGGCGCUUCGCCCUGUCUACCAAGAUUCCUGACACCAAAGGCUGCCUGCAGUGCCGUGUGGUGCGUAACCCCUACACAGGCAGCACUUUCCUGCUGGCCGCUCUGCCUGCCAGCCUACUCCUGCUGCAGUGGUAUGAGCCACUGCAGAAAUUCCUGCUGCUGAAGAACUUCUCUAGCCCCUUGCCCAGCCCAGCGGGGAUGCUGGAGCCUCUGGUGCUGGAUGGGAAAGAGCUGCCACAGGUAUGUGUGGGAGCUGAGGGGCCGGAGGGGCCUGGCUGUCGUGUCCUGUUCCAUGUCCUGCCCCUGGAGACUGGCCUGACACCUGACAUCCUCAUCCCCCCUGAGGGGAUCCCAGGCUCAGCCCAGCAGGUGAUCCAGGUGGACAGGGACACAGUCCUGGUCAGCUUUGAACGAUGCGUGAGGAUUGUCAACCUGCAGGGUGAGCCCACUGCCACACUGGCCCCUGAGCUGACAUUUGACUUUCCCAUCGAGACUGUGGUGUGUCUGCAGGACAGUGUGCUAGCCUUCUGGAGCCAUGGCAUGCAGGGACGCAGCCUUGACACCAAUGAGGUGACUCAGGAGAUCACAGAUGAGACAAGGAUCUUCCGAGUGCUGGGGGCCCACAGAGACAUCAUCCUGGAGAGCAUCCCCACCGACAACCCUGGGGCACACAGCAACCUCUACAUCCUCACAGGCCACCAGAGUAGCUACUGAGCUGUUGCCCUGACGGUGCCCAGGCCCAAGCUGCCACUUCCAGCCUCUGCUGGGGCCUGGAGGGCAGACCUAAACCUGAGAAAUGUCUGGGGGUGAGGAGGGGAGGUAGCCCACCCCCCUCAGCAAUAACUGGACCCAAGGAAGCUGUGGCCACCUGUCCUCCCUGCCAGGAGGCUUGUCUCUUUUGCAGAGGCCUUGGGCAGGAUGGGGCCACCUUGCCAAUCUAUUCCAUUUUCUCACAUCUUCAUUCUUUCUACCAAGAGCCGGCCCUGGGCUCUGUCCUGGGGAACAUGUAUUUAAGAGAGAAUUAUAUUGGUAUUAAAGCUGGUUGGUUUUAUCCCACUGGUCCCUCUGGGGUGGAGGAGCUGGGCUUCUACCUUCUGUCCUUCCUUCCUCCCUCCCUCUCCUGCAAGACACUUUUCAGUGAGUACUCAGUUGGUCCUAGGCAUGUACCAUGGAAGUCCACUGGUGCUUUGGGGACGCCAGGCAUAGGUGACAAUGGCCAG